AUGGAAGAUAAUUCUUCGAGCGAUGACGAAAUUAAAGACUCCCCUGCUAGUCCCAAAUUGGGUGGAAAAAAGUUAAAAUUAAAUGAUGGGAGUUCGCAGGACAGUUUCCAAGAAACAGUUAUGUCGUCGAAGAAGGAUGAAAAUGUAGACAGUGGAGUCUCUGCGGACAAGUCCGAGAGCACGAGUAGCGACGACCGUGUUGCGGGUGCGUCAGAAGGCCCUUCGAAUGAAGUAGUAAAUGCUGCACCAUCGGGAAGUAAUGUGCGAGCAAUCCUUCUUAAUAUUAGACGUCCAAAAUGUACUAGGCUCUACCGAAAACGGAAGACUCCAGACAGAGACUCAGAUUCUUCUAGAGAUUCUGAUGAUUUAUCCGCAGAAGAGAAUGCUCCAGCUGCAAGGAGCAUUGAAAAUAGUGCAUCAGAAGAUGAGAAUGAUGGUCUCAGAAGACUAGCUGGAUUAGCCCAUUUCCUUAAUCCUGAUAUGGAUUGUAGCAUGUCACACAGUAGCACUAGCUCAAAUGACACCACCUCAAGCAGCUCAGACACAAAUGACAGUUACGAAUCUGACAACAUGAUAGACAUGCCCUCCGGUGAUACCGACACUGAUGAUGAAAACCCACUGUCUCGGUCUAAUGAAGAUGAUGAAAAUGAAGAGAACAAAGGCAAACCACCCGGUGUUCUGCUGAAGACAAGGCCUAAUCAUAGUUAUUUAAUGCUUAGAGAAAUAAUGAAUCGCGAGAUGGGACUGACAUUUCCCAGCGGUAAAACGACCAAAGAGGAUGUAAUGUUUGAGAGGAGGUUUUAUGGGUCUCUACACGCCAUUUAUAGAAUGAAGAAGCUUCACCAUCUCAAUAAACACAGAGGCUGUGUCAACUCUAUAAAUUUUCACCCAGAAGGACACCUCUUAGCGUCGGGUUCAGACGACACGAACGUGGUGGUGUGGGACUGGGCUCGCAACACAGCCAUACAAACUAUAAAGACUGGACACAAAUCAAACGUGUUCCAGAGCAAAUUCCUUCACUUGAACGCUAAGAGUCAGUUGAAUAUAGUCACAUGUGCAAGAGAUGGACAGGUGCGGCUGCUGCAGUGCCACCCGUCGGGCGGCGCGGCGGUGUCGCGGCGGCGGCUCGCCUCGCACUCGCGCGCCGCGCACAAGCUGCACGUGUGCGCCUCCGAGCCGCACCUCGUCAUCUCCGCGGGCGAGGACGGGCUCGUCAUGCAGUGCGACGUGCGGGCCGAGCACGUCUCCAGGCUGUUCCAAGUGAAGGAGCGCGGGCUGCCGGUGGCGCUGUACAGCGUGAGCGGCCACCCGCUGGAGCCGCGCGAGCUGGUGGUGGCGGGCCGCGACCGCUUCGUGCGGCUCUACGACCGCCGCAAGUCCACGCGCCCGCUCGCCAUGUACUGCCCCGCCUUCUUCAACGACCCUAACGCCACCACCGACGAUACCGUCAACGCAAAGAAGAGAUUACGGACCUCGAAUAUGCAUCUCACAUGUGCCGUAUACAACCACGACGGCACGGAAAUACUAGGAUCUUACAAUGAUGAAGACAUAUAUCUAUUUGACACUAAAAACGACGUCUAUGACAAAGAUAACACAAACGAGCUAAAAGAAGGCUUCACACACCGGUACAGCGGGCACAGGAAUAGUGCUACAUUCAAAGGAGUGGCAUUCUUUGGUCCUAAGAGUGAAUUUGUGGUGUCUGGCUCAGAUUGUUCCUACAUAUACAUCUGGGAUAAGAAAACGGAGGCUAUCGUUCAGUGGCUGCAAGGCGAUAUGAAUGGUGUUGUAAAUUGCAUAGAAGCUCACCCUCGAUCUCCCGUGCUGGCCACGAGUGGGCUCGACAAGGAUGUCAAGAUCUGGGUGCCUCGGAGUCAGAACGACCCUACGUAUGAAGGGUUAGAAAGGGUGGUCAGAGAUAACAACACGUCCCAGCUCAGGAGUCCACUGUUCAACGAUUUUUUACCUACACUAUAUAGCGCGUGGCGGGGAGAGAACAGAUUGUUCUCGGACGAUGACAAUGUCAACUUGUCCGAUGAAAAUGUCCCAUUCUCCUACGGCAGUAAUAUUGAGUUUGAUGGCAAUGUGUGCACCACUAUAUAG